AUGCACGAGUUGACCAUCUUGUUGCUCCUGCUGCUGGGCUGCUGGGAGGCCGAGGAGUCAAGACUCCCGUCGGCCGAAGCGUCGCCCUGCCUGGCCCCGCCGCAGUGGGAGGGGAGGUGGGUCGUGUACGACCACGGCAGCGGGAGAAACACCCGGGCCGCGGUGUCCUAUGACGGCCAGAACCACAGACUGCGAGUGCUGGAGCAGCACAAGAAGCACACUCCUUGUCAGAGGUACUAUGAGUUCAUCUACCUGUACGAGAGUAUGGUGAUGUUCCGGAUCGACCAGAAGACGGGGGAAUGCGCCAAGAUGGAGCUGACCGAGGCGUGGGACCCCUUCGACAUCCCCGACAACUCAACCUACGAGGACCAGUACAUCAUCGGGGGGCCCGGCGACAACGUGGAGGUGCAGGAGUGGUCGGACAGGAAGCCGGCCAGGAAACACGAGACCUGGGUUGGUGUGUACACGCUGCGUGACUGCUACCCGGUCCAGGAGACGUACAUCAGGAACAGCAGCGUGACUACCUCCACGCGGUUCUUCAACCUGAAGCUGGGCAUCAGCGACCCCAACGUCUUCACGCCGCCGCCCGGAUGCGAAGCGGCGGUUGACGCCACGGUCCAGACGUUCUGUUGA